AACCAUGUAUCAUAACAUUCAAAUAAUAUUUAGUAGCAAUUUUAGUACACAAAAGCUCAGAUGGAUUUGGAUACUGCUUAUAUUGAACCUUUACUUGAUGAUUGGUUAGAAGAUCUUCAAACAAUCAUUAAAGAACAAGAAAAUUUUGUUAAAAUCAAAGAUGAAUUUUAUAUGCCAUUUAUAGCCAUACCAAUUCCAAUUGUCAGUGCAGUUUUUAAGAUAACAGAACACCUUGACAUGGGACCACACACUAGAUAUAUUGCCAUUCAUUUAUAUGAUAAAUUUAUAUGUAAUUAUUUUUGGAAAGUGUAUAAAGCUACGAACCAAACAGGAAACUGUUGGUCACAAAUUUGUAAAAAGAUAUCAAACCAAUCAAAAUUGUAUCUUAUGUCAUGUUUACAAUUAGCAAGUAAAAUGGAUUCGCAUUCUAAAAGUUUAGGAAUAUCGCAAGUACUUAAUAUUUUACAAUGGAUUGAUACAAAAUCAGAGUAUACCCACAGUACAAUCUUUUCAUCGGAAUAUGAAGUAUUCAAAAUGGUUGGAUUUAAAAUGCCCUUUUAUACACCUUUAAAUUGUGUAGAGGUGCUUUUAGCAGCAACAGGUCUUAAGGAGACUCCAAACAUGCAAAACCUUACCAUAAGCUUAUUGGAUUUAGUUUAUUUACAGUGGGAAAAGUUGUACUCUCAUUUACAAUAUUUAAUUUAUGGACACAUUGCUAAAACUCAUCAGGAAAAGAGAAAUCUUAUGGCACUAGAAUCUAACAUGUUAUUUCUAGCUGCUUCUGUAAUUCUUUGUGGAACAUUUUUCUCCUGUAUUGAUAAUGAAACAGCCAAAGUUAUUGCUUCAAAAUUAUCAGAAUAUAUAGAUAUAAAACCUAAUGAUAUUUGGAAUAUGGCUAAUAUACUUCUUGUGAUGUCAAUUCAAGAAUAAAUAUUAAACAAGAA